AUGGCAGAAGUCGAACAAACAUCUUCAGCAGCAGCGGCAUCAGGGCCAGCACCAGUAGGAUCCGUCACCGAACCCUUCGAUCUUAUUAGACUAUCGAUCUCAGAACGUGUCUAUGUCAAGUUGCGAGGCGAUCGAGAGUUAAGAGGUACCCUCCACGCAUACGACGGACACAUGAACCUGAUUCUUGGUGAUGUUGAGGAGACCAUCUACGUUGUUGACAUUAAUGAGGAGACUGGGAAAGAGACUGUCCGAGUUGUAAAGCGACAAAGCGAGAUGCUCUUCGUUCGAGGUGACAGUGUCAUUCUUGUUUCGCCUCCAUCCAGCACCUAA